AUGUUUUUUCGGGUAGCUCUUUUGAACAAGCAUACGGCGUCUGGACCCAAGAAUUACUUUCUAUCCCACAAUACACAUCAAUAUAGAAAAGCUGGGAUAAAAUCAAAUGCGAAGCUAAUUUUACUAAUUUUGGGCUCUCUCUGGAUCAGCACUGCCUCGCCUGUCUACUAUCUACUUCACAACCGAGUAGUGACACCUGGCUCAACGCAGUGCCCUCCUCAUCUACCGGCACCCUUCUGGCUGUAUCUCAGUUCAUUUUCAAAAAAAAAAAAUACAAAGAUAGUUGCAAGCUUAAUUACACCUCUCUCUCUCUCUCUCUCUCUCUCUCUCUCUCUCUCUCUCUAUCUAUCUAUCUAUCUAUCUAUCGUUACUUUUCUGUGUCUCGCAACCUUUCAUUUACGGAAAGCCUCAGGCCUACUUUCGGCUACUGAUGUUCUUUCAUUUACUGCUUAA